AUGACAUCAGCGAGGGAUUCUCAAAAUAAAGGGCCUCUUAUUCUUGUGGUCAUGUGGGUUGUAACCUGCCUUACCACUGCGGUAGUGGCGACGAGGCUCUUUGUCAGAUCCAGAAUGGUGCGGAUGGUUGGACUUGAUGACUGGCUGAUUUUGAUAUCCAUGAUCUUGAGCUUUAUCUUUGUCGUGUUUGUUACGAUUAGCAUACGUUAUGGAUUUGGAAGACAUGAGGACACUCUGACGCCGGAGCAACUCCGCGGUUCAAGACUCAAUGCUCAGAUCGGCUCACUCUUCGGAAUACUCGCAAUCUCAUUUCCGAAGCUCGGGGUGGCGGCGAUGCUCAACAGGAUUCUUGUUCCAACUCGUUUCCACCGCAAUGUGGUCUGGCUCCUGAGUGGAUUUAGUCUGCUGGUCGGCUGCAUCUGCUUUCCUGUCCUCAUGACUAUUUGCCGCCCUCACCGGGCAACGUGGGAUAAACGCGUCAAAAAUCCCAAGUGCAGAGACCCUUCGUCAUCCACUAACUAUUUGAUAUUCGUUGGAGCGGUGUCUGCGUUCGUGGAUCUGUACUUCGCAGUGUAUUCAGUGGUUGUGUGCUGGCAGCUCAAAGUAUUGGUAUUGAAAAAAAUUGCCGUUUGUGCAGCACUGGGACUUGGUCUAAUGUGUGUGAUUCCCGUGCCAUUUUGUUCUGUCGUGGACGACCACUUCUCACCAGUCAUUGUCUUUCACAGUGCUUGCGCCGUGGCGAUUGUCAAAUGUGUGCACCUGCCAACUUUGAAACAGAGAGUCGACACCAGUUACAGAAGCAGUGAUUUGAUAAUUUGGACCCUACUCGAGGCGGACACCGUUAUUAUGGCAUCUUGUAUUCCCACGUUAAAGCCUCUUUUGCAACUGUUUCCAAAAAGGAGAACGAGCCCCCUAGUAUCUGCGAGCUAUUUCUUCAGCGCUGUUCACCCCGGUCGCAGAAGCCAUCGAAGUAGUUUCUCCGGCGAAAGCCAGCAAUUGAAAGAGCUCGCUCGGCCUUCUCACAUCCAUGUCAACAGUGCCCCAAGCGAAGAUACAGUGCUUCCAUUGCCUUCCGAGCAGGGGGACGAGCGAUCAAUUGGUCCUUGA